CGGAUGCUGACAUCGACGAACGUUGAAGAUGGAGUUGGACACCCACGGGUUUAACAAUACUUUACACGGGCGUAUAUAACCUGCGAUUCGACCCUGCACUACCCGGUAUUCGUUUUCGUAUCGCCAUCGCCAACCACCAUGAGCGCCGAGGCCUUCAAGCCUGCGAACAACGACCAGAUCGUAACCGAUUGCAAGGAGCUGGAAGCGCUCUUCCCUUCCUCGAAGGAGAAACUACCUCAUGUGCCAUCGUACAAAGGCAACCAAUAUCUCGUCAACGGCGAGGUCAAAACGUUCACGAAGUCCACCACCAAGAUCGCCACCGCGAUCUACGCCGGAGCCGAACGCGUCGUCAUCUCCGAGUUUGCGCGAUGUGACAAGGACGUCGCGCUCGAAGCGUUGAAGGCUGCGCAGGACGCGUGGGGAAGGGGGCUCGGAGCGUGGCCUCGAGCGACCAUCCAGGAACGGGUGAAGGCGAUGCAUGGAUUUCUGCUGGAUUACAAGGCGGCCAAGGAACAGAUGGUCGAGCUCCUGAUGUGGGAUAUCUGCAAGAGUAGGAAAGACGCGGAGGACGAGAUUGACCGGACCAUCGACUUCAUCAAGCAGACGAUCGACGAGGCUAUCAAAUUGUACAACAGCGAGACAAAAUUCGAAGUUAGCGCCGGUGUUGCAGCGCAGAUACGGCAUAUGCCUGUCGGCGUGGUUCUUGCAUCAGGGCCUUUCAACUAUCCCAUGAACGAAUGCUACACGACUUUCAUCCCGGCGCUUACGGCGGGCAACACGGUCAUCGUCCGCAUCCCGCGUAAUGGCGCUUCGCCACACUUCCCGACGCUCGAGCUGUUCGAGAAGCACUUCCCUCCUGGCGUCAUCAACAUCCUCUCCGGAUCGGGGCGGGAGAUCAUGACGCCGCUCAUGGAAAGCGGCGGCAUCGAUUACCUGGCGUUCAUCGGGCGCAGUACCAGUGCAAGCGCGCUCAUCAAAACGCACCCCGAGCCUCACCGUCUACACGUGCUGGCGCAGAUGGACUCAAAGGACUGCGCCAUCCUGCUGGAAGACGCGGACGUCGCUCUGGCGGCCAAGCAUUGUGCCUCCGGCGCGUUCUCCUUCAACGGCCAGCGCUGCACUGCGAUGAAGCUCGUCUGGGUUCACCGCUCGAUCGCCGCCGAGUUCGUGCCCAAGUUCGCGGCGGAGGUCGACGCGAUGAAGAUCGGGAUGCCGUGGGAGGACGGGGUGAAGAUCACGCCGCUGUGCGAGGACGGCAAGCCGGACGGGAUCCGGGACUUCGUAGAGGACGCGCUGAAGCACGGGGCGCACAUACUGAACAAGAACGGGGGCCGGUUCGCUCGGUCCCUCGCGAGCCCGACGGUCGUGGGCCCGGUGACCAAGGAGAUGAAACUCUGGAGCGAAGAGCAGUUCGGGCCUGUGUCGCCCGUUGCCGUGUUCGACGACGUCGAGGAGCCGCUCGAGUGGGUCGCGAGCUCCAAGUAUGGGCUACAGUCGGCCGUGUUCGGGUAUGACCCCAGGAAGCUGGCACGCGUCGUGGACGCCCUCGCGAUGCACGAGGGGAGGGUGAACAUCAACUCGCCUGAUAAACGCGGGCCGGACGUGUUCCCGUUCACAGGGAAGAAGAACAGCGCGUUGGGGAUGACGAAUGCGAAGGAGGCGUUGAAGCUUUUUGCGAUCCCGACGAUCGUGGCGACGCAGGUGCAGGACGAGAGGAGCCUGGCGGCGGUGGAGGGAUUGAUCCGGGGCGGGGAGAGCACGUUCUUCAACAACAAAUUUGUGUUCCCGCCUUCGUGAAAUAAUGCAAAGGAGAGUCGUACAAGAAAUAUAGUAUACCUGUACAGUAUUAUUCGACUGGUGUAGUAACAGACC